GAACUUCUUGCUCUAUAUCAGUACAAAACAUUGGAUUGAAUUCACCUCGCUUGUACUCAGCCUUACCGACCUGGCCGCGCGCAGAUCUGGCGCCCUCUUCAGCUUCCGAUCCUCAACACAUCCUCCCACAACCCUCUCAGCAAUCGAAACACGUCGAUUUACGCGUCUCCGAUCUCGACUGGACCAUCAACAACCGCAGCGAUCGUGAUUUUUUCUGCCCGCCAUGGCAGCCACGCGUGGCGCGGCCCCUCUCGAGAUCUAUCAGGACCCCACGUCCCCAGUGAUGGAUGAGAACUUCGCCGUGAACGAUAAGACAUUCUACAGCUCCCUUCAACAUUACGCAGGCAUUGACGCCAUGGGAGGCCUAUCUGAACACCCACACAUGAAUCUUCAACCCACAUUCGACCAUUCCGGUAACAUGGCCCCUCGCAAGAACUCAACCACCGCGCAACCCGCUCCCUUGAAGCAGCUCACGCAAUCCACCAUCAACAUGGUCAAAUUCCCACCUCACAGCCAGAACAACAACCACUCCACCGACUCACUCGCGAAACCUCCGCACCAUCUCUCGUACCCUCCCACCGCCUCGUUCCAAACUCCCAUGUACGGAUCAUUCCCGUCUCAUCCCACCUUGGAUCAAGAGAACAUCCAGAGCUCCUUCACAUCGGACUCCUUCAUGGGACUCGACGGCGCCAUGGACCCUCCCCCGAAAACCCACAACAAGCACGCUCUGACGGACUCGGCUCCACUUCGUGAACGACCGUCGAAGAAACAGAAAAACACCGCAUCGCGGGAACCGCUUCCCUUGCCGGAUCCCAGUGCAAUGCCUCCUGUCGAGGACGACGGCAAGAAACCACCGUUCAGUUACGCAAACAUGAUUGGCAUGGCGAUCUUGCGUUCACCUCAUCGACGCCUCACUCUCGCCCAGAUCUACAAGUGGAUCUCCGAUAACUUCUCCUUCUAUCGCACAUCCGAGAGUGGUUGGCAGAAUUCGAUCCGUCACAACCUGAGCUUGAGCAAAGCCUUUAUGAAGGUCGAUCGACCCAAGGACGACCCGGGCAAAGGUCAUUAUUGGGUCAUCACCCCAGGCCACGAGCAGCAAUUCUUGCAGGGAAAACCGAUUCGACGCACUGCCUCCGUCACCGACGCUUCCACCAGCAUUGGUUUCAUCAAUGCCACGCAGAACGAUAUCGUGCGUCCUUCCUCCAGUCAUGCGACCCGUCCAUCGUCGUCCGGCCAGUCCGUUGCUCCGCCAAGGCAACGCAAGAACUCGACCGCUCUGCCACCGAGCACGCGCAUGGACUCGGCGAAAAUUCCGACGGAUGACGAUCCGUCGUCUGACGCGACCAUUCUCGCGUCGGACCCGGACAACUGUCACCUCGGAGGCAACGCAAAGGUACCACCGAUGGCACGCACCGCGUCUCGCGGACCCCAACAUCUUCGGUCUUCUCCUCCCGUCGAGCUUCCCAUCGAGACCAUCACCUCGUCCCCUCCCCCGCCAGUUCACGCGCAUGUUCGACGCGUUUCAUUCUCCCAGCCCCUGUCGCGACCAGUAUCACGACGUGGAACUCCACCGCCGCCAUCGGGACAAUUCCCGCCCGCGACUCGAUCGGGAGGUCACCAUGCCUCUCGCAAGCGCAAGCUCGACAGCGGCUACUUCUCGUCGAUCGACUCGUCCGCUCGUCGUUUCAAUCCCAAUGAACGCCAUCCGGGCAGCAGCCUGGGAGACAUGAGCAAGCGAAAGGGGCGCGCCGAAGAGGAGAUUGCGCGCAUGCGACGCGGAAGCUAUGAUGGCGAAAGUCCAUCCAAGUCCCUUCCCGUUAGUAGAUUCGCACGAUGGCCCUCAUUGAACGAGUUCUCAAGCUCACCCCUUCCACCGAAUGAGAAUGUUACAUCGCAUCCAGAGGGCCCCGCAAUCAAGAAGCGGAAGACGGCACGCAACGCCCACACCGACGUGGAACGGAACGGACCAAUGACCCCUCCCGUUGUCUUCAAGCGGCCUGCUGGCCCGCCUCCUUCGGUUUCCCCUCACACCAGCUUGAUGAUCCACCGACAAAUGGUCCAGGAUAUGUUCCACGCGGGCCUGGUUCUAGACGAAUUAAGCGGCCCCUUCCAGAGCCCCACCCGCUCCGCCGAACAGCUCGCCAACAUCCCUUUCGGUUUCGCCCCGGCGCCCCAACUGUCACCUGGGAUGCUUCACCAAGCCUCGCCUUUGGCAACUGUUGCUGAAAAUGAAAGCGUCAAGCACACAUCGAGCCCCGUGGAGAUACAAAAGUACAAGACCGGACUGUCGCCGUGUGAGCUGUGGGAUAAGAUCACACCAGAUGGCUAUCCGGUCGAUGAUAACCGCCUCACGUAUCCUCUGCACCACGAAUACUCGGCCGUCUUCGACACGCCCAACGGAGGUUUGGCCAAGGCGAUCCGCGAUCGGGCCAAUUGCCCGAUUCCUGAUGUCGACAUCUCACUCAAGAACUUCGAUCCAUACCGCCAGCACCAGCCAAGCCCGACGAAACCCAGCAACAAAGCCGAGUCGUCUCUCGCUGGAACCAAGCGCAAGGCUCAUGAGGUGGACUACUCGGAGUUCAUCGACGGUCAAUUCUCCCCGCUUGCCAAGCGCCAGUUCCUCGAAAUCCACCGCCAAGCCAAGCGACUGAAAGACGAAGACCCUCUUACUGCCUUCAAAUCCUACUCACCUCUUCUCCCGCAGGCCAUCGCGUCUAUGAAUCAACAGAUUUCCCACCCGAAAUCUGGCCUCUCCCCCGCUCGUCCUGGCCUGAAACGCAGCAAAACCCUCUCGGCGCUCCCCUCUCAAUCCACCGACGAGCCCACGGCCCUCACCAGCCAAGCCCCCCUCGCUGAGAUCCUCGGCCUCAAAGACUGGACACGCGCCAUCGGUAAUGGUUCCACACAGCAACACCGGCCCGCGACCAGCAGCUCGGCCACCGCCAGCAAGCCGCUCGCUCCACCGCCGUUCAUCAACCCGCAAGAAUUCCAGCACAACAGCCAUAAGUCGCGCCACUCGCUGUCGUCGCGGUUCUCAUUCAAGGACCUGCAGCAGGCGGCGAACCGGCAGCGGGACAAUGGCGACGGCAACAGCGCCAACGCGGGAAUGUCGCCCGUGAAGAAGACUGCCGCCACCAUGAACCUCAACAACACCAGCAACACCAAAGCCGGCAAGCCCACCCUCGCCACCGACCUCCCCCGACCCACCAACUCCAACAAGGAAAACAUUCCCCCCGCCCUCACCGCGACGGACCUCCUCCUCCUCAGCUCGGACGACGAGGACGCGCCGGGCGUCGACCUCAUGCAGGGGUUCGAGCGCAUCGGAGCGCGCGCGGGCGCCGGGUUCGCAGUGACCAAGAAUGGGAGUCCGGCGAGGCGGCCGCCGAUGGGGAGGAGCGCGACGUUUCGGUAGGGGGCGCCUGGGGAGGCGACGGCGGAGCGAAUGAGAAGUUGAUGCGACGCGACACGAAUUGGAUGCACCUUUCUUUAUCACCAUCACCUUUCACGACAUUGGACUCCUCACGACUUGGUCGAGACUAUCCUCGGAUGGCGUUCACUCCUC